UCACAAAUUCACACCUCUCUCUCUCUCUCUCAAUGGCGAGGCUCCCCUACUCUCAUCGUUCCAGAACCGCCAUGGACGCUCAUCACGAUCCUCUCUUAUCUUCCCUCUGGGCCAUUCGGAAAGCCCUAGAAGCUUCCAACAAUUCAUGCCCGAAUCUCAGUAACUUACUCCGAGACUGCAUCAGAAACUUCAAGAACACUGACCGGUACCGAAACGAUGUCAGAUUUCUCAAGAUCUGGCUCCUCUACAUGGGAGUCAGUUCUGAUUUUGAUAGUGUAUUUAAGGAAAUGCUGGAUAGCAAUGUGUGUGUCAACAAUGCUUCACUUUAUGUGUGGUCUGCGUGUUUUUUUGAAUUCAAGGGAAGAUUGCGCGAUGCCCUCACGAUUUAUCAGCUUGGUGUUUUCAGGAAUGCAGAGCCAACUGAUUGGUUAAAGAAGGCGCAUAAAUUAUUUCUCAACCGGAUUUCUGAAAUUCGGAAUGCUGCUUCAAGCCAGAAGGUUGAGUCUAAAGAAUCUGCGAAAUUGGAAAACAGUGGCAUUGAUCCAUGGGAUACCUCCACCAUGGACAGUCUGUUGAAGAAGAUAAAUCCUUUAAUUAAGAAAUUUGACGGAUAUCAUUCUAGCACUAAAUCUUACCUCGGAAAAGUUGCCUUGUCUGCUUUGAAGAAUACCUCAAGGAAUAAAGUUAUAGAAAUAGGUGGAAAGAAGUACCAUAUCAAGGGCUGUGCUGGACAGGGUGGUUUUGCUCAAGUAUACAAGGCAUAUGUCAACACUGAUCCCGAUGUCCUUGUUGCACUAAAGAUACAAAGGCCAGCUUUCUCCUGGGAAUUUUACAUGUACCGGCAGCUUGAUCAGCGCAUCUCAGGCGGACAAAGGUCAAGCUAUGGAUUCGCCCAGAGAGUUCAUCUUUAUUCUGACUUUAGCAUACUCGUCUGUGACUAUCUACCUCAUGGGACUCUACAGGAUGUCAUAAACUCAUAUGUGGUCAUGCGAAAAUCCAUGGAAGAAGUGUUAUGCAUUUAUUACACAAUAGAAAUGUUACACAUGGUUGAAACUUUGCAUGAUGUUGGCUUGAUUCAUGGUGAUUUCAAGCCUGAUAAUCUGCUUAUUCGCUAUGCUAGGGGUGACCUUACAGAAGAUGGGUUCUUGGACCGCAGUGGUUCUUGGCUAGAUCAGGGCCUUUGCCUCGUUGACUGGGGAAGAGGGAUUGAUCUGCAUCUCUUUCCAGAUCACACGGUAUUUAUGGGAGAUUGCAAAACUUCUGGUUUUCGCUGCAUUGAGAUGCAAGAGAAUAAGCCAUGGAAAUUUCAGGCAAAUGCAUAUGGUCUUUGUGCUGUUGUCCAUGUGAUGUUGCAUAAUUCCUAUAUGGAAAUCGUCAAAAAAGAGUCAUCCGAUGGGAGCUACGAGUAUCAUCCCAAACUACCCUUUAAACGUUACUGGAACGUUGAGCUGUGGAAGACUUUCUUCACUAAGAUGCUAAAUAAAUACCCCGGCGAUGAUGAUAGAAGGUUGCUGCAAGAUUUGAAAAAGUCCUUCCAGGAUUAUAUGGGCUCCAACCCCCAGCUUAUAAAGAAAUUAAAGGAGUUACUCGCGAAGCAAAGAGCUUCAUUGUGUUCUGCAUAGUGUUUGAAGGUCAUUACACACCCACUUGUGUUUAAACUUCAAACGGUCUUGCAACUGAAGAGUCAUAACAUGUAUGAAAAUUGAAAAAUACACAAUACAAGCAAUCAAAGACAGACCUAGAAGGCUAGAAGGUUAUCUUCCAACACAUAUCUUUGAUUAUGAGCAAGAUUCUUUUUCAUCUAUAUAUACUUUAGAAAAAGGCUCAUUUUAGAAGUUAUUUUCUCUUAGUUGCCCUGCGUUAGCCUCUAUACUGCUAACUCUUCAGUUUCUUGUCUUCUGUAAUUAGAGUAAUGGUCUAGAAUUUAACUUUCCAAAGGUGUACAUGUGUAAAUGCAGAGUAUCGUAAGCAGGUAUGACUGUUGUGUUUGUAUAUAUCUUUUUUACUGCGAAGGGCUUUUCAUGGACGAAUUCAACAUAACGUUGCUCA